GCUUUCGGUCAGAAGUAAUCCGACUGUGAACACACAAAACACACAACGGGAUCUCGGAAAAAGUAUUCCACCGGAAAUCUUUACUAAAUUUUCCGAUUCGCUUUCGACCAAAUCCAAAAUUCCCCUUUCGGCCAAACUGAAAGAUUGUGAGACAAAAGGGACGGUGUGUCGAAUAGCGUCUAACCUAUCUUGUGAGUGCGAGGUAUCACGCGGUUUCUGGGAAUAACAUGAGCCCUUCUGGUUAGUCGCUGGUGGUGAUUGAAGGCGAUUGCAGGCAGAGCCGUGUCCGAGUUGAAAGUUCAGAGACUUGGAAGACAGUCCGUUUAGUCGGGAGAUCGUAGAGAGACUCGCAGAACCCCCGUAACCAUGGGCAAGAAGGGAAAGGGAAAGGGAAAGAAAGGCAAGGGAAAGAAGUCUACUAUUGCUGUGGCGCCCGUCGAAGCGCCACCAUGCCCGCCAUGCCCGGAACUGCCGAAGCAGAUGCAACCGCUUGAUACCUGUCCAGAGUCCAGUGGCCCCCACGAUGUCCUCCGGGCCCAGCCGAAUCAUUAUCCGGCGCUACUUCGCAUCCCGGAAACGAUGGCGGUGGUGGGAUCGGAGAAUGGCUGCUACGACAGCAUCUGCAAGCUCCUGAGGGCCGGCUUCCGGUGUGCCGAGCGGGUCUUCGUGAUGGCCCCGUGGGGCAACUACGUUGUCUUCCGAUACCACAACAACAACGACUUCAUAUACUUCCUGUUCGAUGGAUGCACCUGCGACGUCAACAGAUUCCGCUACUUGGACCUCAGCUGCGGCACCGCUGGCUUCCUCUUCUUUGACAACAUGCACGACGUCAUCAGCUACAUCAUCCAGUCCCGCAAGACGCGGCUUUAUCUCGAGAAUCUGAACAAGAUCGCCAUCGACCAGAUAGUGGAGGAGUACGGCGCCGUCACCUACACCCAGAAGGCCAAGUGCAUGCGGUUUGCCUAAGCCCCGUCCUCCCACCCCGCCUGGCUGAUGCAGAAAUCCCAACCGGACGACAAAUCGAUACUGGACACCCCACUUUGUUCUUGCAGAAACGUGCCACAUCAGAUCUUUUCAGUAUAAAAUAAAUCAAAUAAGCUUUUCA